AUGGGCAUGACCUGGCUCUCAGUUCUCGAGGUCACCUUCUACUAUGUCUCUCUCCCUAUUACGAUCAUUUUCCGGUGGAUCGUGGCAUGUCUCACGCUAGUUUCCAACCUCGCGAUGUACAUAUCGUCAGGCUUCCUUUUGCCGCUGAGAUUUCUGGCAAAAUUCGAGACUAUGUUUAUCUAUCUCGGUGUUGCUGCUGUCAUAGGCCUCAUCACUGGAUCUAUCCUCCAUCUUUCAUCUAGUCUUCUCGAUUCUGUUUUCAACUUGACCACUGCGCCGGAAGAGACCGGCAGAUCCGCAGCUUCGGUUCGAGCUGCACGUGAGCAGAAGAAGCUUGAGCAAGCAUGGGACAGGAUUCCGACCAAAAGUACGAAGGGUGACCUGCGUAGUGAUCCUGAGAUGGAGAGGUUUGCAGAGUGGCUUGAGAAGGGAGAUCAUGGGGUGCUAGGCCAGACCAUCCUUGAGGAGGAUGACUCGGAUGAUCUGGAUGGAUUUUGA